AUGGUUAUCUUGAAGAUUGUGUCCUUGGGUAGAAAGAGGUUCAGCGCAGAUUUCCAGUUGAUGUUUCGUCUUCUCAAAGUGUUUCUGUUUAUUGGAGUUGUUGUUUGCCUGGCCCUGAUGUUUAAUCUGCUUAGCCUCACUGUCGGAGACAUCUUUGCCAUCCUUUUGGCCUUUUUGCCAACAACAUGGGCAAUUAUACAGAUAGCACAAGCAUGCAGGCCAUUGGUGAAAGGCACUGGAAUGUGGGGGUCUGUUAAAGCUUUAGCUAGGGGCUACAAAUACCUAAUGGCAGUGGUUAUAUUUACACCAGUGGCCAUACUAACAUGGUUCCCAUUUGUUUCAGAAUUCCAAACUAGGCUUCUGUUCAACCAAGCAUUCAGCCGAGGACUUCAAAUCCAGCGCAUUCUGGCCGGUGGCAAGAAACACAAGCAAAAUUGA